AUGUGCUUGACGGCAUUCUUGAACAGCCAAAACACGGAUCUUGCCGCUGAAAUUGGCAAGAACCUAUACGUUGAUAAUAUCAUGAUGACUGCCGACACUGCAGAGGAAGCUCUACAAAAGUAUCGAGACUCCAAGAUACUAUUCGCGAAAAUCGGUAUGAAUUUGAGGGAAUACAUAUCAAAUUCGAAUGAGGUUAACUCUCAAAUACCAAUUCGUGAUAGACUGGAAAAUGGCCCUCUAAAAUUUCUGGAUGUCAACUACAAUACAAUCCUAGAUAAUUUCAAAGUUAUGACACAUUUCCGACCAGUCAGUCAAAUAACAAAAAAGGAGAUCGUGGGUCAAAUAAACUCGGUUUAUGAACCUAUCGGACUCGCUGCACCUCUACUAGUCAGACUUAAAGCGAUGAUGAGAGAAGUGUUUGAACACAAAAAUCUAGAAUGGACGGACGUCCUUGAUCCACCCAUAUGUGAACGAUGGAACAAACUUUGCGAAAACGUCAAUAACGCAGUAAUCUCUGUCCCCAGAUCCAUCUCUCAAAAAGGUAGCAAAAUGCGCCUGUGGGUAUUCGCCGACGCUAGCAAUGUGGCGAUAGCAACAUGCACAUAUCUUCAAUGUACUUUUACUGGCACUGUCUCUACGUUAAUUAGUGGAAAAACAAAACUUUCACCAAAAAGGUGCCGGCAAACUAUUCCAAGACUAGAACUAGUUGGUAUUCUCAUGGCAAUACGCCUUGGCAGACCAGUAAUAUCCAAUAUGUAUGGACAUAUCGGACAAAUUUCUAUCGUCUCAGAUAGCGAAAUAGCUUUGUGGUGGUUGAAAUCACCAAAAAAAACUACCCAUAUUCGUUGCAAAUCAACGCGAAAGAAUAAACAACCUGCGAGACCAACUCAAAACAGAGGGCAUUCCCUCAGGUCCAUCGAUACAAUCACAGAAGAGGCCAACACAAAAGAAGAGUGUGCGAUUUCCAUAAACGUAAUUGCUGAAGUUCAAAAAAAGACUCGGAAUGAUCUUAUGGAUUUGACGCGAUUUUCCACACUCAAAAAAGCAUUGCGAACGAUGGCAACAGUUGGGAAAGUUCUCAAGCAGUGGUCAUUAUCUACGGAAAAAGGUAGAUCUACUGUUAUAAGCCCCAAAAAGGUUCAUGAUUUUGAUUCUGGUAACGAAAUAACUUCAUCAGAUAUGGUACUCGCCGAGGAAAUUCUGAUAGCCACCGAACAAAGUCAUUAUACACUUGAAGAUCUUACGAAACAAUUUCCUGACAAGAAAGUAAUCCAAGAGCAGAGAGGGAUAAUUCGUCAUGAAUCACGCUUACAAAAUGCGUAUCUUCCUUUGGAUACAAAAUCACCUAUCUUUAUCCCCAAAGAAUCCGAACUGGUUCAACUAAUCCUGCUCAAGGUUCGCAAAGAAAACGCACACUGUGAAGAAGAUCAUACCUUAACUAUUGUACGCCAAAGAUUCUGGAUUCCGCGCCUUGCCUGUGCCUUCAAAAAGUAUUUGAGCAAAUGCACAACAUGCAAAAAGUACCAAGGACUCCCCCUUGGGGCUCCAAUAAUGCCACCACUUCUGAGAGAUCGAGUCCUGGUCUCAAAACUGUUCCAAAACACUGGGUGUGACUUCUUGAGGCCAUUCACUUCGAAAACCGAAGAAAAAAUGUAG